AUGUAUGAGCAUUCCCCUGCUGGAAGUGGGAACCCAGGUGUAACAAUAGUUACAGUUAUGGGAAGUAGACAUAGAUGUGUACCUUACCAAUUUAUCAUAGUGGAGUUUAAUCAGGAGGACAGUCGACCCAGGGGGUUUGAUCGUGGACUUGAAGCUGAAAGAAUUAUAGGUGCAACUGACUCAAGUGGAGAGUUGAUGUUCCUGAUGAAAUGGCGAGGGACAGAUGAAGCAGAUUUAGUACCAGCAAGGCAGGCAAAUGUUCGUUGUCCACAAGUUGUCAUCAAAUUCUAUGAAGAGAGGCUCACUUGGCACUCAUCAACCAAUGAUGAGGAAGAAGGCAAUCAUGAGGCUGAUUAGAUUUUUAUUUUUUAAAUGUUAAGACCUCUCUUCUUCCUUUCAGUAGGCAGUUAUACAUGAGGAUCUUAAUGGUGUACUAGUUAGUAUUUAGGAUAUAUGUAGGAGAGCAAAGUACAUGUGUCUUCAUCAAUUUUCUUUAAAAGAAUAGGAGUAGGAUCAUCAUCUAUACCUGGGAGUUCCAGGAGUCAUUUUUAUAUAAAGUCAUGAUGUUGCUUUUCCUUAUUUUUGCAAGUAGAGAUUUUUUGUAAUAGGUCUGAAAAUAUUUUUAUUUUCAAGUGUGGAAUAUAGAUUGUACUACCAUUUCACUUAAGGGUCCAUGUCAUGUGUUUUUUCGGUUUCAGUGAUUGUAAUUGUAGAGUAAUCGAAUCGUGGAUUUUCUAUGAACAUGUGAAUUUUCUUUCCUUUUCCACUUAUAUAGAUGUUGCAAAGUAAAGUUUUAUUUUAUAAUCCUCAUUUUGUCUUUCCCUUUGAAAUCUAUAGUCAUACCAAUCUCACCUGUAAAACAAUGUAAAAUGGUACCAUGUAUAGUUUUUUUGUUUGUUUUGUUAGGGUGAUUAUUUUGAGUUUGUUCCAAAUCAUCAUUACCCAAACAAAUUUGAGUGUAGAAAGCAUGUUUGUUUCUCUUGGUGCUCUGCUUUCCUGUUUUAAAAUUCCUCCUCUUCAAUUAAGGAGAAACAUCUGGCUAACUAAAGGAAAUGAGUCCCACAAAAAGUAGGUGGCACUGAAACAAGUAUGUGUAAAAGUACCUCUCUAUAGAGAUGUUACUUAGAUGGAGAUCUGUUUUAUAUUAAUAAUCAAUGGAGCUUACUAGGCCAGAGAGUUAUUUUCAGUGGAAAUGUCCUGGAAAUGUAACUUUAUUAUGUACGACAUCUAAGGGAAGUGUAUGACUUAACAAAGGAUUUGUGCAUUGAGCAUUUUAUAUAAAGUCCAUUAUUUCCAUUUCAUUGUACUUUAUUUUCUCUUUUUUUUUACAUGUUUUAAUUUAUUUUAUUUUUAUAUAUAUAUAUUUUUUUUUACAUAAGGAAGAGUCUGCUAGAGUAACCGUCCUCUCCAUCGACACGUUACAUCUAUUAUGGAGAGGUUCUAGUGUUUUAGUCCCCUUGUAACCACAGUACAAAAGUGGUUCUCUAGUUGACAUUAUUAGUUUAUUGCUUGGAAAUAAAGUAGUUAGUCUCUU